GCUCACCGCCUGAAAGCCUUUUCUCCUUCACAAAUGGCGUCUGUUCAACGAAAGGCAGCUGAUUCCCCACUGAGCAAAGUAACAGGAGCGGAGGAGAAGUAAACACACCGCCCCCGGAUUUCCUUGCAGCAGGAUAGUCUGUUGUUUUCUUUUGAAUCUGCGUCGCUUCCUAACGGUCGGACGUUGCUUCCUCCCCGGAAAUCAAGAGUUAAAGCAGCGCCGCCGUUCCGGUGUGAAAACAACCCCCUCCCUGCUAAAGAGGAGAGGGUCAGCUGCAGCCCGGUCCUCCCGCUGCUUCUGCUUGUUUUCUUGGAGGUCGUUGGUGUCCUUGCUUCGCUUCAGGGCCGGACUCAGGCGCUUUGUGGCCACAGUAGCGGGUCAAAUGUUUCCUCUGGGAUUCAUGAAGAUGGGCAACCUCCACCUAACUGACUGACUGACUGCUCCGCAGCGUUAAUCCAAUUCAGGAGAUCAUCUUUGCAACCCUCUCCUGGUCACACCAUUGAACGGCGUUAUCCCAGCAGGCCAGCUCUGUGGCGGUAAAGAUGACCACAGCGAGGUACCGCCCUACAUGGGAGCUGGCCGUGGACCCCCUGGUCUCGUGUAAACUAUGCCUUGGAGAGUUCCCACUGGAGCAGAUGACCACCAUCACGCAGUGCCAAUGCGUCUUCUGCACGCUGUGCCUGAAGCAGUACGUGGAGCUCCUGAUUAAAGAAGGCCUGGAAACCGCAAUCAGCUGUCCUGACUCCGCCUGUCCAAAAAGGGGACAUUUGCAGGAAAAUGAGAUCGAGUGCAUGGUGGCUUCAGAGAUGAUGCAGAGGUAUAAAAAGCUUCAGUUCGAGCGCGAGGUUCUGCUGGACCCGUGCAGGACGUGGUGUCCCUCUUCGACCUGCCAGGCCGUAUGCCAGCUGAAGGAGACGGAUUCUCCAGCCCCGCCUCAGCUGGUUCAGUGCGCCGUCUGUGCCCUGGAGUUCUGCUCCGCCUGUAAGGCCAACUGGCACCCCGGGCAGGCCUGCCAGGAGAGCAACCUGCCCAUCGCCUCCUUCCUGCCAGGAGAAUACAGCUCCUUUUAUAAGAACGAAGAGGACGACGCCCCCAUCAAGCGCUGUCCUAAGUGUAAGGUUUACAUCGAGAGAGACGAGGGAUGCGCACAGAUGAUGUGCAAGAACUGUAAACAUGCCUUCUGCUGGUACUGUCUGGAGUCCUUGGACGAUGACUUCCUGCUGAUCCACUACGACAAAGGGCCGUGUCGGAACAAACUGGGCCACUCCAGGGCGUCUGUUAUCUGGCACAGAACGCAGGUUGUGGGGAUCUUCGCCGGCUUCGGCCUGCUCCUGCUGGUCGCCUCGCCCUUCCUCCUGCUGGCCACCCCCAUCGUCCUCUGCUGCAAGUGCAAAUGCAGCAAAGGCGACGACGACCCGCUGCCGACCUAAACGCCGCUCAGAGGGAGCCGGCGUCGACGAGGACGGGGUCCCAUCGCAUUUCUGUCCAGUUUCACCACUUUUCCAUUCUUACUUUCCUCCCACCAGCUUUGAGGAGCUUCAUAUUUCCGAGCUCGGCCUGAAGGCGCCCCCUUGUGGGGGUCGCUCUGCUCUGCACGAGGAGCCCAGGACAGAACACUGGUGUCCCUCUGAAGAGAGCUAAGCUGAGACACGGCGAGACGUUGCUUUUAAAGGACCGCCGCUGUCUGGAAAACUUUGGAAUUUUGGGAAUGUGAAUAAAAUCCACUCGUAUUUUUGAUGUCGUGAUAUUUGUGGGCGUUCCUAACGGAGGGGAAUAUCUCCAGAUGAAGGAAUGCCGUCGCCGCCUGCAGAAGGACUUCUACUUUAUUUCUCUGUCCGUUGGUUUGCUGUAAACACUUAGAGCUUUUCCUUACCGCCACACUCGAUGUAGCUCCACUGAAUCAGCCGGUAGCAGAGGAGACUUACUCACUCGGUUUGCACACUCAGCAUGGCUCCUUCGUCAUGAUUGUGACUGAGCAAGAGACGGGAGGCGGGUGUCGCUCCCAGCUCUCUGUACAGCACGUCCUCUCGAUGAUGUCAGUGUUUUAUAAUCCUGCGCUUUUAGUAGAGAUGUCCUGAGAGUUGUGUGUGUGUGGGUGUGUGUGUGUGUCUUGCACAUUACAGUCUCUUUUUCCAAAUGUUAGGCAGAUGUUUUAAAGAGGAUUGCCACUCAAUUCUUACUUUUUGUGGAUAAAAAUGCUUUUUACCAUCAGAUUUUUGUUUUCGUAUAAUUAUAGCAGCUUUGUCGUUUAGGUCGUCGCCUGAAACCCAUCUAACUUUUACCAAACGGAGUGGCGCUCCCCUUUAUGUUUAGCA